AUGAAUGUGAAUAGCCCACAUCCAGGCUCCAUUCUCGGAGGUAUGGGUGGUGAAACCCCCUCUCAUGGUGGACCAAACUCUAUUCUAGGUAGCCAUGGUGGACCCAACUCAAUAAUGAACCAUCACGGCGGUCCCGGUUCCGUAUUAGGACCUGGAUCUAUCAUUGGACCAAACAGCUUAGUUGGCCCUCACAGUAUUCUUGGGCCCAGCUCACACAUUGGUCAAAAUUCUCAACAACCUCAGAGUAUUUAUGGACAUGGUUCUAUGAUGAGUGGAUUCUCUCAACAUGACCGAGGAGGUCCAGCAAGUAAUAUCAACAUGAAUCUGAAUAUUAAUCCACCUUCUGUGGGAAAUUUGGUUGCUCCCGGUUCAGUGUUACAGGACCUCGGGCCUGGUUCUGUUGGACCUAAUCUUGCCGUUCCUAUGACUCCUCUUCACAACGUUGAUCAGUAUCGAGAUGAUCAGCAUCGUCAAUUAUCACAAGUUUCUAAUAUACCAGCAGUAAUGCCACAAACACCCAUGAGUACUCUCGAUGUUCCUAUGCCAACCUUGCAAAAUAUUGUAUCUACCGUUAAUCUAGGAGUUCAAUUGGAUUUGAAAAAAAUUGCCCUUCAUGCUAGAAAUGCAGAGUAUAACCCCAAACGUUUUGCCGCCGUUAUCAUGCGUAUCAGAGAGCCACGAACAACAGCUUUGAUUUUUUCGAGUGGAAAAAUGGUUUGUACCGGAGCGAAAUCGGAAGAGGCUAGUAGAUUAGCAGCGAGAAAGUACGCUCGUAUCGUUCAGAAGUUGGAUUUCCCUGCGAAGUUUACCGAGUUCAAAGUUCAAAAUAUGGUUGGUUCUUGUGAUGUUCAUUUCCCAAUCCAGUUAGAAGGUCUCUGUAUUCACCACGCUCAGUUCAGUACCUACGAACCUGAGCUUUUCCCUGGACUUAUCUAUCGUAUGGUCAAGCCCAGAGUUGUGUUAUUAAUUUUCGUCUCUGGAAAGGUUGUAAUCACAGGUGCGAAAUACAAACAAGAUAUUGAUGAAGCUUUCAACCAAAUCUACCCAAUUCUGAAAGGAUUCAAGAAAUAG